CCUGUGCUUUAACGAGCCGUUGGUAGCCACUGCAGGCAGCUAUUGAAGCCAUUGCAAAAUCCCAAGAACGCGAGGACGCCGCGAAGGUGAACUAGGCGUACUGUGACUGUACUACGAGAGAGGCAGUUGCGGCUCUCGCAACCCUGCUCGCAACAAUGUCCGGCUACAAGGCACUGACGAGCACUAACUCCUGGGCCCGUUUCGUGUUCAAGACGAGCAAGUACUAUCAGUACGGCCUGCUGAAGAACGACAUGUAUCGCGACGAACCGGUGACGCUGGAAGCUGUGCGGCGGCUGCCGAAGAAGCUGCAGGACGAACGCAACUAUCGCAUGCUGCGGGCCAUCCAGUGCAGCAUCUCGAACACUAUCCUGCCGGAGAGUCAGUGGACCAAAUUCGAGGACGACGUGCCCUAUCUUGAGCCGUACAUCGCCGAGAUUGAGAAGGAAGAGGCUGAGAAGAAGGAAUGGUACAGGACCCACUGACGCACCUUUGCCCAGCAUCGUCAUGCUGCUAGAUUGAAUGAAUAAAUGCUCUUGUUGUAUUCGCA